AUGAGCGCACAAGAUGUAGUUCUGGCUGCCAGCUCGGAUUCCCCGUCCCUCGCCGACAGGCUCCGCCCCCACAGCAAAGGCCACGCCCACUCCCUCCCACGCCACGCCCCUCCUCUGAGCGUGUCUGCCCCCAACCCGGCCGGGGGAGGGGUCGCGGCGUCACGGCGGCGCCGGGCCGAGGUGGGCGGGGGAGCCGAGGCUCCGGAGCAAGAUGGCGGCGCAAGGCGGCGGGGUCGCGACCGGGGAAGCCUGGCGGGUCGGAGUCCCCGGCGCCCGGCCGUCAAGGUCACGGCGCCGCCUCGCGGGGACGCGCCCGGGCCGCCGGCUGUGGGACUCGUGCCCGCGCCUCUGGGAGUGCUGAGCCUGACAUCUUCCAGUAGCAGACCUCGAGAAGACAGCUGGUUAAAAUCCUUGUUUGUCAGGAAAGUUGACCCAAGAAAAGACGCUCACUCCAAUCUCCUAGCCAAAAAGGAAACGAGCAGUCUGUACAAGUUACAGUUUCACAAUGUUAAACCGGAAUGCCUAGAAGAAUACAACAAAAUUUGUCAAGAGGUGUUACCAAAGAUCCACGAAGAUAAACAUUACCCCUGCACCUUGGUGGGGACUUGGAACACGUGGUAUGGCGAGCAGGAUCAAGCUGUCCACCUCUGGAGGUACGAGGGAGGCUAUCCAGCCCUCAUGGAGGUCAUGAGUAAACUCAGAGGAAAUCAGGAAUUUGCACAUUUCCGUAAGGCAAGAAGCAACAUGCUUCUCUCCAGGAAAAAUCAGCUGCUUCUGGAGUUCAGUUUCUGGAAUGAGCCUGUCCCCCGCUCAGGACCUAAUAUCUAUGAACUCAGGUCUUACCAGCUCCGACCAGGAACCAUGAUUGAAUGGGGCAAUUACUGGGCCCGUGCAAUUCGUUUUAGACAAGACAAUAACGAAGCAGUGGGAGGAUUCUUCUCUCAGAUUGGGCAGCUAUACAUGGUGCAUCAUCUUUGGGCUUACAAGGAUCUGCAGAGCCGGGAAGAUACACGGAACGCAGCCUGGCACAAGCACGGCUGGGAGGAGCUGGUGUAUUACACAGUCCCACUCAUUCAGGAAAUGGAGUCCAGAAUC